GUUGCUUGUCGCCGGCUGGCGAGAAUGGUUCUACUUUUUAUAAUGGAGCUGCUAAACUUGUUUGAAACUAGUGCAUAUAUUUCUACAAAAGUGCGGAAAUAAAAUUUUAUGUUAAAAACUUUAAUCAAAGUCUUGUAAUCACCACCAUGGAUGUUGUUCCUAAGGCUCUAGUCAGAACCAAGGAAGGUUUCCGAGCAGUGCUCCAAUCGACGGGUCAAGAUGUUCAAGCAACUAUUUUGGACUCAUCGAUUCCUCGCUGCAUUCAAGUCAAACGUGUUCCAGUUGUUUUUAGUUAUCCCUACGCUGCAUUUGAUUUAGGCCAGAACAAUGUUCUUCAAUGGCAUCCGUCGCACGUUCAACUGCUGCCCGUUGGCGAUACAUCUGUGCUAUUCAUCGGACAAGCUGGUCUGCGUGGCGGUGGACACAGCUGUUCCAAGUGUGCUACAUAUUACUGCGAUCGGUGUCACUACUACUGCCCGAACGGUACAUGUUACGAUUAUUGCUCCCAUCGCAACGAUCACAAUUGUACGUCACGGCAAGCUGCUCAACGCCGUGAACAGGAGGAACGCGAACGACAAGAGCAGGAACGACAGAGGCAAGAACAGGAACGGUUGCGACAGCAGCGAGAACAAGAGCAGAGGGAAAGAGAACGCCAAGAACAGCAGCGGCGGGAGGAGCAAAAACGACAGGCGCGGUUGCGACAGCAGCGAGAACAAGAGCAGAGGGAAAGAGAACGCCAGGAACGAGUCGCUCGGGAAAGAAGACAACAAGAGCAACGUGAACGAGAACUCCAGGAAGAAAGGCGUCGGGAAGAGCAAGAACGGAAGGCUCGGUUGCAGCAAGAGCAAGAACGACGUGAGCAAGAACGACAGAGGCAAGAACAGGAAAGGUUGCGACAGCAGCGAGAAAGAGAACACCAAGAACAAAUCGCUCGGGAGAGGAGACUGCAAGAGCAACGAGAACGAGAACUCCAAGAAGAAAGGCGGCGGGAGCAGCAGGAAAAAGAACACCGAAGACAAGAACAGGAAAGAUUGCGACAGCAGCGCGAACAAGAGCAGCGGGAAAAAGAAAAAAGAGAACGCGAACUCCAAGAACGACGCCAGCGAGAGGAGGCUCUGUUGCGACAGCAGCAAGAGCAAGAGCUGCUGGAAAAAGAACGCCAGAAACAAAUCGCUGAAGAUAAAUGGAGGGAAGAGCAGGCCCGGCUAAAGCGGGAACGUGAAGAGCAUGACCGAAUCGUCAAAGAAAACCAAGAGAAGGAAGCAAUCAAAUCUAAAUUGCAACAAACAUUGCAACAGAAAACUGCCGUGUUAGAAGAUGAACAGGAUUAUGUGAGUGAAGAAGAGACAGAAGAGUGUAAGGCUAUGAACGAUAUGGGCGAAUCUAGAGCAGUUCAGCAGGAAGGGCCCAUAGAUGCUACAGAGACAGAUUAUGAAAAUCAGCUGCCUGAAAGAGAAGCUGAAAUUGAUGAAACAAGACUACUUUUUGAAGCAUUAAACUUAAAUAAUGUUGUUCCAAUCGAAUCGUUGUUCAACCAGAUUGAAGCAAAUAGUACCAAGCUGAUAGACAUUAUUUUAAUGAGGUUAGAGAAAAACAUGUCUCAGGAAAUCAAGCGAUUAGCUCAGUACGCUAUCGAUAGAGAAUAUAGUCGAAAAAAUAACCGCAAAAACAACGAACGACGGCAUCAACUAAUCGCUCAAACAGUUAAGCACAAAACAUUCAUGCAGUUGUCAAAAGUUGUAAGAAGAAAUAUGCGUAAAGUGAGCAUAGCUUUACAGCAACAAAUCGUGGAGUAUGUUCUCAGGGGAGGCAAACUGCAGAUUCGAGUCAUAAAGCGAUUUCCGGUGGUAAGAUGGAUCGAACAGAAUUUGAUAUUUGAACUCAUAGCCUAUCCGGAGGGAAAAGUAGAUGAAGUAUUGCUGAAUGUUUUCAAAAAUCAUUGGAUGAUAGUUAGAGAAUUGUUCGAGUGGCAGGAUCGUCAGAAGCUUCUAUAUGCACUUCAGACAGAGCAGUUGAUUCGUGGGUUGGCAUUGCUACACAUAAACGAUGUCUUGGAUAUGGUUACCCAAGUUAAAUUCGUAGGGUUAGAAGUAGUACGCGAAAGGGGAGAAAAUUGGUAUUCCGAUUUGAAAAGAUGUUGGGUUAAGUCAAAACUCCCGGAGUUUAUCAAUGCGAAAGCCUCUGCCGAACUUAUAGAAUUACUUGUAAGUUUGCCCUGGAACAGUUUGAUGACGCAGCAAUUUCUGAACGCCAUCGCUGGAGAAUCGAAUCAGCUAGCAAUAUGUGACUUCUUGGAUAAGGUCAAAAAUGAGCAUAUGUGUUAUUCCUUAGUCAUGGAUAUAGUUUCAAAAAAAUGUGAGCACCAUGGUGUAAUAGCUUGGAUCAGCGACCUCAACUACCACAUUUUGAUACAGGAAAUAUACAAACUUAACCCUGAGGUGAGUCGCCAUAUAAACUCAAAACUGGGAACAUUUUUAAGAAAAGGUCCAAACACCAAAUUGCUGAAUUUUCUCAGAUCAAAUACGUCUCGUUUAGCACAGAACAUGGAAAAUUUCGUAAGAAUUCUAGAAAACACAAUAAUGUUUCAAAAAACGUCAGACGCCUGGGAUGAUAUUGCAACAAUUAUAAAUUCUGAAAAAAAUGCCGAUAAAUGGGAGCAAAAAGUUGACAAUUUCAUAGUUUCUACCAUUUUCGGUAAAAGUUAUGAGUACAGCGUAGACGAGUUACUCGAUCGUAUGAGCGACUGUACUCUAGAUCCGAUAAACUUUGACCGAAAAAAGGUUUUGCGAGCUUUCAACUCUGUGAAAGCAACAUACAAUUCUAAGCUAAAAUCUUCGCAAAUAGGACAUUGGGCUGAUUCGGUCAAGUUGAACAAAGUCGGAAAUGUUGAAAACUCCACUUUGGAAGAAAAAAUUGCUGUAGUCAUACGGGCUGUCGAACUUAGCCAUGGGUUCAAGCCUCGAGAUUCGCAGAUUUUAUCGUUGUUGGUGCUAUCAAUGGCAAACGAAGACCAUGGGCGACUUGCUCAGAUAAAUACAGGAGAGGGAAAGUCAAUCAUUGUGGCAAUGUUAGCGGUAAUCCAUGCGCUAGAGGGCGUCAAAGUUGAUAUAGUUACUACAUCCACCGAGUUGUCCAUUCCUGAAGUGAAGAAACAACGACCGUUCUUCGAAAUGUUCGGGCUUACGGUUGACGAAAAUAGUCCUGAGAGAGAUAAGAAAAUAGUAUACAGAUGUGACAUUGUCUACGGGACAGCUUCUGAUUUCCAGGGAGAUGUACUGCGAACAGAGUUUCUGGGAAACGAUUGCCGAGGAAAUCGCAAGCAUCAAGUGAUCAUAGUGGAUGAGGUAGACAGCAUGUUGUUUGACAGCCGUACCCAUAGCGUUCGAUUGUCAGAUGAGAAUCCUGGAAUGACUCAUUUGGAAGUUCCUCUGGCUGUCAUAUGGCAUCAAAUCCAUAACAUCAAUGCCCACAUGAUAGAGCGCGACAAUAAGGUAUUCUUCAUUACCGAGGACUUUGAGGCAGUUGGAAAUGAAAUAAAGUUAUACUCCGGAGAAGAUUGGGAGACUGUGAGUACCGAAGUGCACGAUAAGAAAGAGUUCAUCACAACGCAUACCGAGAAUCAUCUACGAAAGUUGCUGCGGAAGCUAACGGUUGACGAGCAGAAAGAAUACGAAGCCUAUCAAGCAUUGAACCUGCGAAUAACGGCCGUGGCAGAGCAGCUAUCGAAAGCGAACGAUGACGAGAAAAUAAAGGCCGAAUGCGAACAGAUGCGGUUGGAUCUCAUUAAGCUGCCCUGGAAUACACGCGACCCAGUCGUGGAUAUUCCCGAACAUCUGAGAAGUUUCGCAUUGAAUCAGAUUUCUAUUUGGGUAAAAAAUGCAAUACUAGCAAAAUGGGCGUAUAAAAAAGAUGCACACUACACUGUGAUUCAUGGGAAAAUCAUUCCGGUGAACUUCAACGAAACCGGAGAUCUUCAAACCAACAUGAUCUGGAGUGACGGUCUGACGCAGUUUUUGCAGUUGAAAGAAGGCUUACGAAUGGACCCGGAAGGUAUAUCGACCAACUUCAUUUCCAAUGUAAGCUUCUUUCAGCGAUACGGCUCCAACAUCUACGGAUUGACCGGAACUCUCGGGGAACAAUCGACACAAGAUUUCUUGCAAACAAUGUAUGGCACAGAUAUGAUCGUAAUUCCACCACAUAAAAUAACGGAUAUUACAAACAACGAAAUGUCAGGAUAUCGAUGUAAGGAACUUGCACCGUUGGUUCUAUCCAAUGUAAAAACGUGGUAUCAAAGCGUAAAGGAAAAUGCCCUAUAUCAUGCUCAAAACAAUCGAGCAGUCCUCGUUAUAUGUAAAUUCAUCACUCAAGCUCGAAAUAUUGCCAACAUGCUAAGAAAAAUACAUGAUCCCCGCAAGGUUUUCAUUUAUACCGGAGAAGAAACAAAAUUUGAGAAGAAUGCGGUCGACUCCGGAGAGAUUAUUGUUGCCACAAACAUUGCGGGUCGAGGAACCGAUAUCAAAACAUCGAAAAACGUGGAGAAACACGGAGGCAUGUGUGUAUUGGUGACAUUCUUACCGGAGAGCUUUCGCGUUGAAAUGCAGAACGUCGGUCGAACUGCUCGCGAAGGGAAACGAGGCAUGGCGCAACUGAUAACGUACGAUGUCAGCAACUUAUCGAUGGAAUCACUGAAGAAGAUGCGACAAGAGCGCGAAGCUAAAGCAAUCACCGCGGCAAUCAACGACGCUAAGAAGAUGCUCAUCCAAGACUGUCUAUUCAGUCGGUUCUGCUUGCUGGAAAACGAACUAUUGCCAAGCAUGGACGAAACAAGAAAAAUGUACAUAUGUGAUCUCCUCAACGCUGGGUGGAUUGAUUACUCAGCGAACCAUCUGGAUUCUCGGAAAAUUUCAGAAAAAGCGACAAUGUGGGCGGAAAAGAGUCAUCAAGAGUUUGUGUCAGCUGCGCUGAAAAGUCUCACUAGAGCUGAACGAGGUAAACUGACAGAACAGGAUAUGCAAGAUCUGCGAUCUCAGGCAACGAAAAAAGUUGUUGAAGAAAUGCCUGCCUUCAAGAAACGUUACGCCGAAAACGUUUGGAACCAGUACUGCACCAAUCAAUCUUCGUUGGUGCAGCAAAAUCAACUUGACGUCUUCAGAAAUGGUCAAAAGUUCAAUCCGAAGUGCAGUGAGCUGGCCUUACGGUACGGCUGGGGAACUUUCGAGAGAAAAGCACUUGAGGAAUCUUGGGGUCUCUGGUUGAAAAGCAAGCUCUUCGAUGAUGAUGAGACAUCAGCUGAAGAAGCAAUUGUCAUGUUCAGGAAUGAAUUUGAAGAUACAACUCAUCAACGUGCCUCACUGGAUAAGCUUGUGCGUAAUCCUUUCUUCUAUGUACUCAAGGGGAACGAACAACUCAACGCACGCCAUUUCGAGAACGCUAUCAAGUGCUACGACAGAGCGAUCGAUUUGGAUCCCGUAUUCUCAGCGAACGCCCGUUAUUGCAAGGCACAGACGCUGUUGUCUUAUUCAGAGAACAAAGGCACCAAACAACAAGAUGCGCUGAACGAACUACGAAAAGCAGAGGAUCUAAUCAAAUCCGUGUACCGUCCGAAUCUGUUGACCUUUAACACUUUGAUCGGUCAACAUCAAUGCCUAGAACAAACCUCCCAGCACGUGCAGCACCAGCUAGAUAUCCUGAGCCAGCAAGAAGACUACAUCCGACAAGCGCGCGAAGUUAUUGAAAUGGCACAAAAGAACAACAACAACGUCAAGGUCACUCUCAAAAAUCUGUACGACGUGCUCUCAGAGGCGAAAGAAGAUCAUGCAAAAGCAAUCCGCGAAGCAUACGGCAACGGACUGAAGAACUUGUUCACAGUUGAAGAAAAGCUUCCUAGACCAUGGGUUAGCAUUGCGGCAGUUGCCUUGAUUGGUGUUGCCCAAAUCACCGCUGGAUGUCUGAUAGUCAUGUACACCGGAGGGGCUCUGGGUAUGGGACUGAUUACGGAAGGAGUAGCAGAUCUAAUCCAUGCGGCAACUGCAGCAAUCACAGGAACGUUCAGUUGGGCAGCCUGGGCGACUCAGAAAGUAGUGAGCCUUACUGUGUCGAUCGUUUGCUCUGGUAUUGCUUCCAUCAAGCAAGCGGCCAAAGCAGCCGGAUCUCUCGGAAAUGGAUUAAUCAAACAAACCGGUAAGAACGUGUUUAUGGGGUUCAAGUCCGGACUUAAAGAUGUUUCAAGAACGUGUUACGACAUAGGCAAAGGAAUUGCAGCGCCACAAGGAGGCGUGAAAUUGGCCAUAAAGGAAGUUGGUCAAGCAUUAGGGAAGGGUGUUGUAAAAGAGUGUUUGAACGAAGCUGGCAAGUAUUGCACUAAUCAGGUGUUCAUGAACAAACUGGAAGAGGAAAUUACUACGAAAGUGAGUGAUGUGCUAAUAGAGGCACUUUCUUCGAAUCCGUUGGUAGUGAAGGCUCUGGAAGAAGACGAGCGAAACGGAAGUAGCUACUGGAAACAGCUGUUCAUAAAAGAGGGAAUGGAGUUGCUAAAAGAUAAGGAGAUCAACAAAUGUGCUGAGAUGCUCAAGAGCAUUGCAAAAGGUGUCGCAGUUGGAUCAAUCCCUUAUGCUGGAAGCGUCAUGGAUGUCGCGGGAGUUGGCAAAUGUGUAUACACCCUCAACACAUACACUGAAAAUUUCAUCAAAAAAUUUAACAAGAAAGUUAGUUCUCAUGAGAAGUCUAUUAAUGAACAAAGGGAUGAAUCUAGUAAAUCAUACUUGAGUGAAAAAACUGAGUUUUCCGCCGGGAAAAAUAAUAAUCAAGCUUUUGAUCAAAACGUAACCAGUGCUCCCGACAUGGACUGCGAAAAUUCAGAUAUUGACGUACACCAAGUUACGGUAGAUACAGUAUACAGUUCGAAAGUGUCAGCAAAUGCAGAACUUCGGUCGACUUAUCGGGAAGCGUCAACUCCCAAAACGCUAGCCAAUGUCUUCAAAGGAACCAUAACGGUUAAACUUACGACUUCUAUCAAAGAGAACAUAAUCAAUCCGGCAUUGAAUCAUGUUUCAUCCCGCGUGGCCAAUGGUCUGUUUGCCAAUAUGGAGGAGUCGGUUACAAAACUAAGACACGAGAUCAAAACCGAACGAGAUAAUCGCAGCAAAUCGAAUGCUAUGGCGAACUCCGUUCGUGCCUUGAGCGAAACUCCAAACAAAGAAAAUCAGUAUCUUGGUCCGGAAACUACUAAGAUGAUUGAAAUAGUUACAAAAGAUGAUCACUUGCACGACACUACAAGUUUCGCACUAUCCGCAGGUGCAAUAAAUGCUCCAAUCUACGUUUACGACGAGAAAGGCAUACUGAAGUAUAUAGUGGGAAGCAAACUGCCAGGUAAACGCAUUAAUAUAAAACAUUUUGCGCCCUCCAAGGAUCACCCGGUAGGUCACUUCACUCCUUUGGACCCCAACCUCAUCGUGACUCCUUCUGGAACCAACUCCUGUGCUAUAGACGCAGUUGUAGCGCAGCUAAGAUCGACUCAAAAAGAAUCACUUCAAGUUAAUAAUGCAGCGGACUUACGCAACAAAAUGGUUCAGCAAAUCAAAAACAAUCCUCGCCAAGCUGAGCAAAUGUAUGAAAAGCGGGCGCAACUAGAACGAAUUGCACCGCAUAGAAUGUUCAGUGGAGGCCAUGAGCCACAGAAAAAACCUAAACCGAAAAAGCGUGUUCCCAAGUUCAAUAAAGGCGAUAAGCCAAAGAAACCACGUAAGGUGGACAAACGUGUUUCCAAGUUUAAUGAUGAUUUCGAAACAUAUAAAAACAAACUCGGAGAAGCAAUCAGUCUAGACUCCGAUUCAAUGAACAAUGCAACGACCGACCAAACACAAGAGCAUCACUUGAUCCACAAACAAUUCAAGCAUCACCCGGCAAUCACCAAGAGUGGUUUCAAUAUCGACGCGCCGAUAAAUGUUCUCGUGUGUCCCAAUAAAAAUGAAGUUAAAGAGGUUCUGAACACGAACCGAUCGGUUCAUUGUGGUCCUCACCCCCAAAAAUUGACGAAAAAGCUUCAGAAAAGACUGGAUGCAGCCCUUAAACACGAAAGUGACCCUAUAGCGCUGAAUCUUAAUGUUCACCAAAUAGCUUACCAUGAACGACAACGGGUGCGAUCAGGCGAACGAUUACUGCAAAGUAAGAAAAACGAAGAGAAAAUUCCAAAAACCGAAGACGAUUCCACAGAUUCUUUUACAGAAAAUUUUUUUGUUAAAAAAUGAACAUCGUCAAGUCACCCACCAAAUGAAAAGUAAAGGUGUCCUCUUUCAAUUGGUGCUGAAAGAAAAAUGUUCUAUAGGGGGUCUAGAAUAAUUUUUAUUUAUUUUUUCGUGAUUUCUAGAAAAAAAUUUCGGAAAACACCCUUUUGUUAGGUACUUUUUAUCCAAAAUUUAUAUGGGAAAGUAACCCCCGAUAGAACAUUUUGACGACAGCACCAAAUGAAAGAAAAUUCCCUUUGCUUUCAUAUGAUGGGUGACUUAGAGAUUCUGAUUUAUUUUAUAAUAAUUUUCUUCUACCAUAGACACCGUGAAAUAUCCACGUGAGAAAUUUGCAUAGGAAAUUCAGAAGAAAAAUGAUCGAGAAAUUUCUGAAACAAUAGGUGACGAAGUUCACAAAGAAAUUUUCAAUGAAAGAUUUCAAAAAUUACCUCAGGAGUUACAAGAAGAACGCCAGAAGUUUUCCCGAAUUGUCUAUGGAAUUUUCAUUGGAACUAUAAAUAGAAAUCACAGUAGUAUAGCUGAAGAACUUCUCAUAGGAAUUGACUAAAGAUUCCUCUAAGAAAUUUCCAAAAUGAAGUCCCGAUGGAAUAGAUAAUAAAACCCUGAUCGAAAAAAAAAAUGCUGAAUGAAAUCCGACUUGUCGAGAAAUUUCUCAAAAAAAAUUGCCAAAUAAAUUUCCAAAGGUAUAACCGAAGGAUUUUCUAAAGGAAUUUCAUUAAAAAUACCCAAAAAAGGCAUAAAACUACUAAACAAUUGCAAAAGGAAUGAAGAACUUGCUGAAGAAAUUUUCUGAGAAAUUGAAAGGAAUUUCCAACAGAUUGCUGAAAAUUUUUCAAAAAAAAAUAAAAAAUUCCGAAAAGAUAUUGGAGGAAAGAAAUCACCCAAAGAAGUCCCAUGAAAGCAUUUCUCUCAUAAGUUCUAAACAUUAAAAUUGUAUGGAAUAACAAAAUUAUAGCCGGGCACGUUGCGCAGUGGUAACACCUUCACUUUAUAAGUGGAUAGUCAAGGGUUCGAUCCCUGCCCCGGCACUUGCAUUUUUUCGUCAACUGCUCCUCGCUCCGUGACCGGCUGACACUGACCCUCUUCUGAACAAAUAGCUCAAACGGACCCGAAUACUUGGACAUCGGCAAGCGGCAACUCUCAAUGGACCCCCAAUCGGACUGGAAAAGGAACUACAGCCACACAACAACAUCCUCGUGCACAUCAUUCUACCAUAAUAGAGUAGUGAAAGUGAAAGCAGCAUAAAUGGCAACUCGGUCGAUAUAGUAGAAUGUGUACAUAUAGGCGCUGCACAAAGUGUAAAUGCAGCUGUCAAUUGUAAUCGCUCACGUAGUGUCCCAAGUGGACAAUGGAGCUGUAAAUUGGGUUAAUUGGGCAAAAAUUUAAAACAAAAAAAUAUAUAUACUACGUGAAAGUUUGCUAAUAUUUUAAUGUUCUUUGAAUUAGCGAUUUAGGCAAUGUGAUUGUCACUUAUUGAAUUUUAUUUUGAAUCACACAAGUAAUAUUGGGCUAAAUGAUGGAUUGUUUCGUAACGGAAUUUUUGUUUAUUUAUUUAAUAGGUAACGUCCAUAAAUUACGUCACGAAAAAACAAUAUCAUUUGCAAACACCCCUUCGCCUAUGUCACCCUUUUUUGUAUGGGAUCUCCGCUUUGUAUUUUUGUAUGUAUUAUUGUCACUAGGGUGGCCCACACUUUUAUAAAAACAAACAUUUUAAAAACUGCUAAGUCUUUCCUCCUGAAUCAGUUGUUUUGGACUCCCAGACUGCCGCAAUUCUGCAAAGUGACGUAAGCGACAUUGAUAGUUUUGGCUCAUUUUUUUGGUUGUUAUGCAUAAAACUCUUGCUUAUCUUCUAAGUUUCUUUCCAUAGAUGAUAUAUUACGACUAGAUCUUGCAUUCUAAUACAGCAGGAAUACCACAGUGUUAUUUUUACACCAGAUAUUAUAUAUAAUAUACCAAAAAAUAUCGAAAUUUUGAAUGGCGCUUACGUCACUUUAUAGAAUUACGGCAGAAGCUACGUUCAAAAUUUGAGCAUAAUCGAUAAAGCCUAAGGGGGCGUUUAACAAGCUUGAAGUUUGUAUGGGAAAAUGUGGCCUAAGUCACCUACAAUAAUACCAAAGGGUUUCACCAUCAAACGCUUACAGCGCCAUCUAGCGGCAAAACUGAAAACUAAAGAUUUCUGCAUACAUUUGGCCACGUUUUCCCAUACAAACUUCAACCUUGUUGAGCGCCCCCUUAGGCUCAAUCGAUUUGCUCAACGUAGCUUCUGGGAGUCCCAAACAACCGAUUCAGGAGGUAAGACUUGGCAUUUUUUCUAAAUUUUUGUUUUCUAUGUAAGUGUGGGCCACCCCAGUCGUCACACUCUGCUGAACCCCUCUCCCCACUCGAAGCGUGACGUAAUUUAUGGGCGUUCCCUUAUUACUUUGUCUCCGAUGCAAAUCGUCCAGACUGAUAUUUUAUCUAAAUAAAUAAUUUAUUCCUUAAAUUCUGCUUCGUCAUACCAAAUUCAAACAUGUUGCUAACUUCGUUAACUACCCAAGGAGCUCAAAGGAUUGUUGUUGUUUCUCAGGAACUAUGUAUAAAGAAAUCGUUUUGAUUUAGUUGACGCAUCGGUGCAUCCAACGAAAGUUGCGGCAGGAGAUCCGGGCUGUCAAUACUGUUCUGCAAGAUACCGUAAACCGGGGUACAAUUGAAAUAUUGCCAAAAGAAUAUCUGUAAAAUCAGUACCCAGUGGAUCUCUAUAAAACCAUGUGAUAGAAUUUUGUUCAACAAAAUCAAACUUUUAGUUAAAUUACCGUAAAACGGGGUAUCUUUGAUAAUGCGGGUAACUUUGAUAGUUCGGCUGGCAUUGUGUAAUUUAUCUUAUAACUAUGAUUCCUUCAACCAGUUAAGAAAAAGGUAAAUGUAAAUCAAUUCUAUACAUAUGAAAGUUCAUCUUAGACGUAUUUUCAUUAAAAUCUAGUUUAUAUACAACUUUUUGGACAAAAAAUAAAAAUUGUUGAUAUUUUUGUCAUUUAUCAACCCCUUCAAACAAUCUGCUAUACGACUUCGUUACAACUAUUUUUUCAAUGAAUGGACUCUUAUUCUCGAUAGAUUCAUCAUAGUAGAUUGUGUGAAGUGUGUUUUUACGAAUUGGAAGCAGUUUUGUAAAUUGGGAUAUUAAUCUCCAUACAUUGAUAAACGCCUAAAAGUAUGCAAUGCCCUUGUAAUUUCAUGUAGAUAAAUCUGUGUUGUUCAAAAUUUGUUAAUAAAACAUUAAAAAAAAACUACCCAAAAGAAGAAGACUAACCAUGGAUAGCAUGUAAUCAUAUGUUAAUGUACCGUUAAGCAUUCAUUAUUACGAAGAUAAUGAUUUUUGAUAGCUAAAUUUAUUGUGUUUUGCACUCAAUACUCCACAAACUCAUUUUUAUAUGUAGAAUUUAGUAAAAAAUCAAUGUUUUGAUAUAAAAAAUCUAUGUAAUAUAUUCCACAAGCCUUCUCUCAUCAUAUUCAUACUCCUAAGAUAUAAAUCUGUGAUUAUUUUUUUAGAUUUGAUGUGUUUUUAGGGCAUUAUCAAAGUUACCCCAAAAUGAAAAUCUGAUUUUCGGUUUUAUGAAAAACUAAAAGUUAUCCAAAAUAUUUCAGAUGGUCGAAUCUUUUAAUUGCAAUUGAUAACUGAUGCCCCAGUACUUGUUUUAAAAAUAUAAAACUAGGGGAAAUACUGUUACAUGUAAAAAUAUUGAGAAAAUUCGCUGAAAAACUAUCAAAGUUACCCCAUUUUACGGUACUUCAAAAAUAAAAAAAAAUUGAAGAUGCAACUUUGGGGCGAAAUUGAUCAGUAAUCAAUUAAGCAUCGGUUAAAAAGAAACAUUUCCUUAUCACUUAAUUUUGCUCUUCUCAAUCCGAAUAACGCUUCAAAACUCUUACAACUAGUGAAUUUUGGCACUAAUAAUGCAAAAUUAAAUUUAGAAAUUUCCACCUUAACGCCUGAAGGUAGGCAAUUUCCUUUGAAAUAAGUGAUUUCUGUUACAAUAAAUUACUUUUUCGUCAAAAAAGAACUUUUUUUAGCUUAUUCAUAUUCAGAAUAGCUUCAUAACUUUCCAACCAAGGCACCACAAAAAUGUUAAAACAAAAAACAAUACGGGAAGUCCUAGUGGCAAUCGAUUGUUUAGAAGCAAUGAUUUCAGCUAAGUGAAAAAUACAUAGCAAAUUCCUAAAAAAUAAGGCAAAACUAACUUUUUUCUAAACAAAUAAAAGUCUAAUCUCAUCUCUAGAUAUUUAUGGACUAGAUGAGGUCAGAAGUUUUAGAUCAUUGCGACGCUUAGAAGUUCCUGGUAUGCAAUUACAAUGUAGUACCCAAAUGAUCAAUUUCACCCCGCUGAUCAAUUUGACCCCGGUUUACGGUACCGAAAACGAUCAGCUGAUGUAACUUUUUACGCCGAUCAUUGAGCAGUUUCAUAUCAAUUCGGCGGCAGCGCACAGUGGCGGGCCUCCAUACAAAAGUCGGACAAAACCUCAAAUGAUAACCGAAAUUGCUAAAAUUCACAGGUUAUGAUGAUUUUAGUUCCCCAAAUCUAUUUCUGAUAUGGAACUUAUCAUAUAUUUUGAUUUUACUUUAUUAGAGUGGUUCAAAAUUUUGAAAUCUGCUGAUUAUGGAAAGCAUGUAAAAAUAAUCUAUAAUAAGCUAUCACUAAGUGCUUUCUGAACGUAGGUUUUGAUUAACCUUUUAAUUUGGGGGUUCUUAAAUCAUGUAUUGGUAUUGAAAUAAACUAUAAUUGUGUUUAUUUUUGCUAUUAAGGUGGUCCAAAAUAUUCAAAAAAUAUUUACCUACGUGUUCUUUCAAUAGAUCAAUUCAGAUACACACCAAUGUUGGCUGACAAGACGUGGUGUAUUCUCAGGGACUGCCCAUAGACCACGUGACAUUUUACGGUGGGUACACGGAGGUGUGUUAACUCAAUCGUUAUGGGGUCAGAUAGUCUAAUAUAGUGAACUGCGUAAAAUUUGAACUGCUUUUUAUCAAUCUCGUUUCAACAACUUCAUAUAUGCUCUUCCGAGUUUGGGUUGUAAGGUACAUCGAUCCCUGCUUUCACUUGUCGAAGCAACCGAAACAACCCUAUCUAUAAAGAAUUGGCAAUUCAUAUUCGCAAUAUUGAAGGGAGUUUUUGAUAAACGAUCAUCAGAGAUCGGUAAUCAUAUUUAUGAACAGUAGAGUUCCAGCAAAUGUUUUCAAAAUCUGUAUCACUCUGUGUGUCGUUCGCAGAAAUGUUUAACGUGUUUAAUGAAACGGCAUGAAUAACAUACAAUAAAACUUCAAGUUUAAAAAAACAAUAAAAGGGGUUUCACUAAAGAGCGUAAAAUGCUCGUUUCAUAAAAUUGAUUUUAAAUAUUCAAAGACUGCCUUGGUGAUCGCGACGUUUACGCAAAAAAAUAUUUAACGUAGCGUUUAACGCCGUUUAGUGAAUUCCUUUUAUAUUUUAUAGAUGAUUGUUGCUUUGAACUGUAGCGAUGUGCGUGUAGAAAAGAAACACGUAGAUGUCGACGAAUUUGUGUCACUAUAUAUUGAAAGUUCGAUAGAAGUUCGUGAAGAGAUUGUUUCCAAGAAUGUUGAGCAACUAUAACGAUUAAGAUGAAUCGAAGAAACAACCAGUUUAAGAAAAUCAAUGAGCAAUGGUUUGUAGUUAUUUUGACAUGUUUUCACGGUUGUUUUUGUCUUUCUUUUAUUUUGAAGAUUAAAAGAGUUAGUUGUAUCUGGUGAAGCAGCAUGUGGGUAGUGUCUAAGAAAAUAAAGGCUUAUUCAUACUUAGGGUCUGUUCCAAUUGGCGAAUUAAAAUAAAUUUUUACUUAAAUUUGGAAAAAAUGCGCAAACAGUGACCUAUAUAGCCAAAAACUAGACAAAAUUGCACGUCAGAUCCGGGAUACGGCGUCGUUUUCUGAUGUUUCCUAAACAAGUACUGGAUCUCUUUAAUGCGAAGUUUUUCUUCAAAAUUUCAUAAAAGUCAAUAUGUUUGCAUAUUGUAAAAACAUAAUAAUUUUGUGAUUGAAUUCCAAACAAUCCCUGAAUUGUUAUGGUUAUUCAUACCCAAAAACACAAAAAAUAUUGUCACAUUAUUCAAGUCUUCCUAACUUUUACAACGAACUCAUGAAGGAAGCUUAUAAAAUUAAGACAAUAAAUACUAAUAUUGUAGCACAUAAAACUUCAACUUUGAAAAAAUCUACAAGACUCAAUUUUCGACCAAAUCUCUUGAAAAUUUGGGGUUUUCUUAGUUGAAGUAUCUAUAAUGGAAGAAAAAUAUUAGAAAAAUAAAAUAUUGAAGUCGAUUUUUGAGGUUUUGUCCGGCUUCCGGCCACUGUGCAGCGUACAGAGUAGUCCGGGAGACGAUCAGGAUUGUACCAUGAUAGAAUGCGAAGCGCAAAACGUAUGAAGCACCUCUGCUGGACGCGUUCGGAGCGGAUUAUCUGCGAAGCGUGGUAUGUAUUCCAAAUUUGGUUAGGGCUGCAUAUUCCAAGAUGCUAGAUGUAAAUUGAAAAGAAAUUCAAUUGAUGAUCAUGGGUUCAGGACCUCCAUGUAAAAAAUCGUCCCAUGCUCUCUAACUCGAGAUAUGAUUCUAUAAAAAAAAAAACCCUAGGUUUCAGUAGUUGAGUAGUUGAAUAUAUACAAUUUUUGUUACUCGUUAAAAUUUGAAAAUAUAUACAUCGAAAAAUAAUUAUAUUGAAAUAAAACGGUUUUGGUACGCAUAAUGUUA